AUGCCUGAAUUCAAACGUUUGAAGUUGAACCUGGUCAGACCAGUUCCUUCUGACUACGAGAUCUCAAGAAACCAAACCCCGAAGCACAUCACCGAGGUCGCCAAAGAAUGCGGUAUUGAGGAUGCCGAGUGCGAGCCAUACGGAGCCUACAAGGCUAAGGUGAAGUUGGACAUUCUGGACAGACUUCACUCUAAGAAGAACGGAAAGUACAUCUUGGUCACUGGUAUCACUCCAACUCCCCUCGGAGAAGGUAAGUCCACCACCACCGUUGGACUGGCCCAAUCGCUUGGAUCCAACUUCAACAAGCUGGCGUUUGCCAACGUCAGACAGCCAUCCAUGGGCCCAACUUUUGGUGUCAAGGGUGGUGCUGCCGGUGGAGGAUACUCGCAGGUCAUUCCUAUGGACGAGUUCAACAUGCACAUCACUGGAGACAUCCAUGCUGUCGGUAUGGCCAACAACUUGUUGGCUGCAGCUCUGGAUACUAGAAUGUUCCAUGAGAACACUCAGACUGACAAGGCUCUUUGGAAGAGAUUGUGCCCUGAAAAGAAAGAUGGGUCAAGAGAUAUUCCACAGGGUCUCUUUCCUAGAAUCAGAAAGCUGGGCCUGGACUCCAAGCCUGUUUCUGAAUGGACCGACGAGGAAAUCAGCAAAUUUGUCAGAUUGAACAUUGACCCCUCCACUAUCACCUGGAAGAGAGUUGUUGACUGUAAUGACAGAUUUUUGAGAGGAAUCACCGUUGGUACUGCCCCUACCGAGAAGGGCCAGACCAGAGAGACCGGAUUCGACAUCACCGUUGCAUCCGAGGUGAUGGCCAUUAUGGCGUUGUCCAACUCGUUGAAAGACAUGAGAGAAAGACUUGGUAAGAUGGUUGUUGCCUCGAGCACAACCGGCGAACCGGUCACCUGUGAGGAUUUGGGAUGUGCUGGUGCUCUGACUGCCAUCAUGAAGGAUGCCAUCAAGCCAAACAUCAUGCAGACUCUUGAAGGAACCCCAGUCUUUGUCCAUGCUGGUCCAUUUGCCAACAUUUCUAUUGGUGCGUCUUCCAUUUUGGCCGAUAAAAUUGCUCUGAAGCUGGCUGGUGUUCCAUUCAACGCUUCCCCAGAAGAGGAGAGAGAAGACUCUGGGUACGUGAUCACCGAGGCCGGUUUCGACUUUACCAUGGGUGGUGAGAGAUUCCUCAACAUCAAGUGCCGCGCCUCUGGUUUGACGCCCGAUGUCAUCGUGAUCGUUGCUACUGUUAGAGCUUUGAAGGUUCACGGUGGUGGAGCCGAGGUCAGAGCCGGUGCCCCAUUGCCAUUCGAAUACACCAGCGAAAACGUGGAAAUGCUCCGUGAGGGCUGUUCCAACUUGGCCAAACACAUCCAAAAUGCCAGACAAUACGGAGCGGAUGUUAUUGUAGCCAUCAACCGUAUGAGCAGCGACACCGACCGUGAACACGAUGUCAUUAAGGAGAUUUCCCUUGCUGCCGGUGCUACUGAUGCCAUCGUUUCCAACCAUUGGGAACAAGGUGGUGAAGGUGCUGCUGCUUUGGCCCAGGGUGUUAUCCGUUGUGCUCACAGAGAGUAUCCUUCUCAACAGGGAAGACCAAAGGAGUUCAACUUCCUUUACGAGACCGAAGGCUCCAGCAUUGAGGAGAAGAUCGAGGCAAUUGCUAAGAAGAUGUACGGUGCUGCCGAGGUUGAAUUCUUGCCAGCUGCCCAGGAAAAAAUCAAAGAGUACACCGCCCAGGGAUUCUCCAACUUGCCAAUCUGUAUUGCUAAGACUCAAUAUUCGUUUUCUCACGAUGCUAAGCUGAAGGGUGUUCCAUCCGGAUACAAGUUCCCAAUCAGAGACAUCAAGGCCUCCAUUGGUGCAGGGUACCUGUAUGCCCUUGCUGCCGAAAUCCAGACCAUUCCCGGGUUGGCCACCAAGUGUGGAUUUAUGAACGUGGAGGUCAACGAUGACGGAGAGAUCGAGGGAUUGUUCUGA